GUGGCGGAUGUCACGGCGGCUGCUCCUGUGCCGGAUCCAGUCCUCCCGGCUGACGGAACUGCCUUCUCUUGAUCGGCUUUGGAGGCCCGAACGAAGAGAUUCCGUCCCUGAUUCAUGAAGAAAGAGGGAGGAUUGGAGGCGACGCCAGAGCACACAGAGCGAUCUGCCAAGCAUUCUUCUUCAUACAUCCAAACUGCCCCCAACAGAAAGUUAGGGUUAGGGUUCUAGCGAGGUUUAGAUUGCCGCCAUGGCGAAGCCAGCGCACAAGAAGAAGGAUGGCGCUUCUUCUUCUUCUGCGGCAUUGAAGCCGAGAAAUGCGGCUGGCAAGAAGAAGCGCGGCGAUUCAGGGAAGAGCAAGGGAUUUGGCGAGAAGAACAAGGGCAGCAAGGUCGCGAUUGCAAAAUCAGGGCAUUUUCAGAAGAAGCGUAGCGGUGGAGGGGAUCAAUCACGAACACCGCAAGAAAAGAAGCGAAAACUAUCGUUUAAGAAAGACGAGGGGGUAAACGAAGACGCUGCAAAGCCUUCGGACAUUCACAAGAAAUUCGACAAGAAGAAACCUGUGGAUCGCAAAGCUAAGAAGGAGCUUCUGGAGUCCCGGAAAAGGAAGCGAAAACCAAAUUUCGACAUUGAAAAGGACGUUGUCUCUCUAUGGGAGAAAAUGAGGCAGAGAAACAUAAAGGCCGAAGAUCGAUCAAGGAUUGUUUCAGAAACAUUGGCGAAGAUGAAAGGGAAAAUGGUGCAAAUGGCCAUGUCUCAUAGUUGCUCACGUGUUUUGCAAUCUUGUGUCAAACAUUCUCAAGAGGCAGAAAAAAACGAGGUUUUCCAAGAGCUCAGGCCCAGCUUCCUAGAUUUGUGUUUGAACACUUACGCUUGUCACCUUGCACUGAGGAUGAUUGACAAUGCUAAAAAGGAUCAGCUUCAACAACUUCUUUCAAUUCUGCAUGGGAAUGUUGUGCGUCUUCUUAGGCAUCCGACUGGCUCAGCUGUUGUCGAGCAUGCCUAUCACGCUGCCAGUGGUUCUCAAAAACAAGAGCUUGUAUCGGAAUUUUUUUCUCCCGAGUUCCGCUUGUUUAGAAACAUUACAAAAGGAAGGAUCAAGGAGAUGCUUUCCGAUGAACCGGCUGCCAAACGUAAAACAGUUCUGGAACACAUGACACUAAGUAUUCAACCGAUACUAGAGAAAGGAAUAGUCGACCACUCAAUUAUUCACCGAGUACUUGUCGAAUAUUUGAGUAUAGCUCCAAUGGUAACAACUUUCUUCUUUUUUGUUCAUGCUUAUGACGAUUUUGUUCAGAGUAUGGUUAGUAAUAUUGUUGACCAACUUUCGGGACCUCUUCUCGUGCGUAUGCUCCACACAGCAGAUGGUGCGAAACUUGGUGUUCUGUGUGUGCGCCAUGGAUCUGCAAAACAAAGGAAGAAGAUUAUUAAAGCGUUGAAGGGUCAAGUCUUAAAGGUUGCUCGCGACGAUCAUGGUUAUGCUGUCCUUCUGAGUGUAAUUGACGUUGUUGACGAUACUGAACUUGUGACCAAGGUUAUCAUGUCAGAAUUGGCAACAGAAAUCAGGGAGUUAAGUGUGAACAAGUAUGGCCAGCGAUUAAUUCUACAUCUUCUCGCACCAAAUAUACCGAGAUAUUUUCCUGCGGAGCUGCUGAAGACACUCAAGUCUCCAGUCGAGUUUAUUUCAAGUUCGAAAACGACAGUCGAUACUAGCGAAAAAGGAGAUGAUGAAUGCGGGGACGUAAACGAUGGUGACGACAAUACGGAGAGUGCGCGCAUUAGCAAAAAGGAUCCAUUCUUACGAAGAACCGAGCUGCUUUCGAAAAGUGGAUUUGCGCAGAAGCUAGUGGAAGCAUGUGCGACCAACGCAGGGGAGCUGUUACGAUCGCCUCUCGGGAAGGACGUCAUCUACGAGGUAGCACGCGGUGGCGUUGACGGAAUAAUGUUGAAAGCUACGCCGGAAGGAAUAUCAUCAGUGCAUAAAGCAAUAGCGGACCUAGCUGCAUUACCAAAAGACAAGAAAACAGAAGAGGAACACGUGCUGGAGCACUACCAUGCUAGCCGCACGAUCCGGAGGCUGGUUCUGGAUAGCAGCUGUCAUAAGUUGGAUGGGAGCUCGGAGUCUUUUGCGCAAAUGCUGUGGAGCCUCGCACUGCAAGGGAGGUGCACAACAUGGGCGCGAGGUCACAGUGCAAAAGUGGUAGCGGCCUUUAGAGACAGCGAAGAUCCAGCCGUGCGGCGAGUUGCAAAAUCCGAAAUUAACUCGCUCGUCGAUAGUGGAGUACUGGAGGGCCGGAAGGCUAAAGCAACCUCGGCGGACGCAGCUAAAAAGUAAAACACGAGGUAACACUUCGCAUCUAGUUCUUUCAAAGCGAGCACUCAGUGCAGUGGUUCGAGCUUACCCAUUGGCAGUCGUACAUUGUCCCGCAAUAGCAGCCAUGAUUUGUGAGAGAUCUUUUUUCGAGCCAGUUGACGAACGCGAAGCGGGAACACACUGGGCCCUGGGUGUUGCUAACGAGCGAGCGGAGGUGCAUGCACGUCGUAUCUGUGCAGGGAGGAGCCGUCCAAAAGCUGAGGCCCCACGAGAAAUCAUAUCCAAUCUGCACGAGGCACCGUGUGUAACUGAGGGGGGCGGCUGGAGGGGAGCAGUACGAUGCUCACACUUAACUCCCUGCGGUACAAGGCCCGGCUGAUGGAGCGUCGGGUCCAAGCCCAAGGGGAAAGAAGAAGAACAUCUCAUCCCGGUGGUUACAUUGGCACCGCCCUGCACACUUGCCAAUUCAGUCCAGAUUGCAAUCAAAGGCUGGGGCUGCUACUACUGGCUGUGCUGGAGUGAUUUAAGAGCAGCCAACCAGUCAAGCCAAGCUGAAAGAGGAAAAAAGGUGAGGGAGAUUCCCCCAGGAAUUCCAGCAGCCAAUCCCACAGGCAAAAAGCAAGCGAGCAGCACUGUUUUGAUGCGGACGCUGCUCACUCGCCCAGAGGAGCCCAUCACUACUGUAGCAAGGGUAGCAGCAGUGCAAUAAUGCAUGUUUGCUGUUGGUGCUGGUGACCAGUGAGCACUGUGGCCAGGCAAGGACACUAGUAGCCACACCUCCAUGAUGCAUGCUUUGCCAAUUAUGAGGGCAAUCUAGUGCAUGUGUCAGGGGGAGGAGAGAUUGCUUCAGACAGCAGGUGCAGGUGCAGAAUGCAAAAAGCAGAUUUCAGAAUUCAGAAGGUGGCUGGCUAGUUGGUUUUGAUGUUUUAAAAGUAUACAUACGGUUCUUUAGAAUACAUAGUUUUAUGUAAUCAUGCAAUGCUCCAGUGAAGAUCCACCUCUUGAGAGGUGGAACAGUGACCUUGCC